UUCUAUUAAGUGGCAAAAAGGAAUGAAAGCGAGAAACAAAGAUACCAGAGCAUAUUAACUAUAUUAACCCUUGCGAUUGCUAAUCUACGAGACAGCUAGUACGCUUUCCUUACGCCUACCUCCCAUCUCCUUCUGCCUUCGUCUCCGCCUCCGCCUCCGCAUCGCCUAGCAUCACGAAGCGACGAGUUUGGUGAAUAAUAAUGGCAAGGUCUUCAUCCAUAGCACAGACUCAAGCAUCCAGUAAAGGGAAUGAUAGUGGCUCUAUAUCCUACGAAAAUGAUGUCCCUGUCAACCAGGUCACAAGCUUCCAUGGAGUUCUGAACAAGUAUAUACAUGUUUCCGAGACGAAGACCGAAACUGUCGGUUUCAAUUGCUCUACGCAAGAGUCGAAACGCCAGCUAUAUACUGCAGAUGAUCCCGAUGCCGACGCGCGGACGACGCCGAAACGGAGAAGGGGAGUUCAUGCUCAGCCUGCAUGUCAGACUCAGAAUGUAUCAGCGAUGACGACUGGAAUCACGGCUACCCGCCGCAUCACCCGCUCCCAGUCCCGCUCAUCGACACCAGCAUCCUCUUCUGCUUCGCCCUCUCUCACAGUUCCAUCGACAUCUUCUAGAUCUGCGCCUGAAUCACAAUCACCAACACCGUCAGCCAGAAUCCCAAGACAUUCCCGCUCCCGCUCCCGCGGCAGCUCAACUCCACGCAAAAACACGUCUUCGCCGUCCUCUCUUCCCGCCUCGACAUCUCUUCUCCGCGACACCAUUCCGCCAAAUCUGACGCUCCUCCUUGUCGGGGUGAAUCCCGGCAUAAUGACCGGCACCACAGGCUUCGCCUACGCCCAUCCUUCAAACCUCUUCUGGAAACUCCUGCACUCCUCCGGGAUCACAUCAAUUCGCCAUCCACCCUCGGAUACAUAUCGGCUGCCGGAGCUGUACAAUGUGGGGAACACGAACAUCGUCGAGCGUCCGACUCGAGACGCGAGCAUGCUCAGCAAAGCUGAGAUGGAUGCGGGCGUUCCCGUGCUGGAAGCGAAAGUUGCAGCGAAACGGCCGGCGGCGGUUUGUCUUGUUGGGAAGAGUAUUUGGGAGGCUGUUUGGAGGGCGCGGAAGGGGAGGCCGAUCAGGAAGGAGGAGUUCCGGUACGGGUGGCAGGAUGAGGAGGAGAAUAUGGGGAGGAGUGAGGAGUGGGAGGGGGCCCCGGUGUUCGUGGCUACGACGACGAGUGGGCUUGCUGCGGGCAUGUCGUAUCCAGAGAAGCAGGCGAUUUGGAAUGAGUUGGGGAGGUGGGUUGUUAAUGAGCGAGCAAACUCGCAAGGACAUGCUCAGGCUCGAGUCCAGACCGAGGCCGAGGCUGAAGCUGAAGAUCAGGGAUAA